CUCGCUGCCAGGCCAGGCCAGGUGUUCAUUGUCUGGUCCGCGCUCGCAGCGUGCGGACGUGCGGACCACAGCCACGCCUCGCGCCGGACAGCGUCAGCCAGCGCGUACCGCUAGGCCCACCGCCAGGCCCCUGGUAGUGAUUGUGAGGGGUGCGCGAGUGUGCGACAUAGUGAGUGUGCGACAUAGUGAGUGUGCGUGUGUGUGAGUGUGCGCGUCAAGUGAGCCGUUAUGUGAGUGAUUGUGUCAGGUGCGCGGUGUGCGCAGGCUGAGCGGCCUGGCCCAGCCCUUACAGCCCGCGGUGACUCAGUGGUCACUUACCCGGUCCAGGACAGGACGGCGCCCCGCCCCGCCACGCCCCCUACAAUCCCCGACGCCCCGAUGCAGCCCAAGACGAAGGCCGCCCCGGCGCCGCCCCCGCCAGCCCUGCGCAGUCCCAACAACAACGGCUCGGCGCUGUCGGACGCGCGCGACGCCCGCGCCAAGCAGGUGCUGAAGGAGGCCGUGGACGCCGUGGUCAACAGCUUCGCGAAGCACACCCAGGGAUACGGCCGAGUGAACGUGGUGGAGGCGCUGCAAGAGUUCUGGCAGAUGAAGCAGGCGCGAGGAGCGGACCUGCGCAACGGCGCGCUCGUCAUCUACGAGUCGGUGCCCUCCUCCUGCCAGCCCUACGUCUGCUACGUCACCCUGCCCGGCGGCUCCUGCUUCGGCAGCUUCCAGAACUGCCCCACCAAGGCCGAGGCGAGACGGAGCGCCGCCAAGAUCGCGCUAAUGAACUCGGUCUUCAACGAGCACCCCUCGAGGAGAAUCUCGGACGACUUCAUCGAGAAGGCGGUCGCCGACGCGAGAGCGUCGUUCAAGGGCGACCCGCUGGAGGCGGACAACCCCAACACGGGCAUCGGCGCCUUCCGCUUCAUGCUGGAGAGCAACAAGGGCCGCACCAUGCUCGAGUUCCAGGAGCUCAUGACCGUCUUCCAGCUGCUCCACUGGAACGGCUCCCUCAAGGCGAUGCGCGAGCGGCAGUGCAGCCGACAGGAGGUGGUGGCGCACUACUCAAACAGGGCCCUGGACGACGACAUGCGCUCGCAGAUGGCGCUCGACUGGAUCGCCCGGGAGCAGGAGCAGACCGGCGCGCUGGGCAAGGAGCUCGGCCUGGCGGAGCGGGAGCUGGAGGCGGCGCGCCUGGCCGGCCGGGAGCUGCGCUUCCCCAAGGAGAAGAAGGACAUCCUCAUGCUGGCCCACACGCAGCUCAGCGGCUCUCUCUCGAGCUAGUGCUGCAUUUGUUGUGUUUUUGUUUUUUUAGAUGUUUUUGUCUGUCUCUGUGUCUGUGCGUGUGCGCCCGCGUGCGUGUCUGUGUCGGUGCUGUAAGUCCGCUCCCCCUCUUCGCACUAUAAGCCAACUGACUGAGCGUGCAGACUUGUCCAAGUGUUUUACACACAAAAUGAUUGGAGAAGCGCGUCGUAGAAUCGACUAAUUUUUGAUUUUCUAGUUACCUUCGUGACAGGGUGUAACCCUUUCGAAACAAUAUUUUCGUAAUAUUCUUUACCGUGCUGAUUGUAUGCAGUGUGAGGGGAGACGGCAAAGCAUUCUACUCUUGGCUGUGUUAUUUCGUCGCCCAAGCGGCAUAUUUUGUACAGCAUAUUUAAUUUUUGUUUUACUGUUGAUUUAAUAUUUAUCUUAAUGUUUCUGUUUGCCAGUGAUUUUCCAAUCAGUCUAGUGAUAUGAAAAUGAUGGUGCGUUUUCCAAACCACCGAGGUCUUCCCCUCAUGGGUUCCGGCCUUGUAAUGUGAGGGAAAGCACACACUUUUGCACACCUAACCCGUGCCAGCAUUAGAAAUGUGAUAAGUCUUCAUGUAGUUUUAACAUGUUUGACUACAAUAGAAAAUAGUUGACUGUAUAGCUUUUGUAUAGAUAUUUUUUUGUAUAAGUGUAUAUAACAGCUUCAAUCAUAUCGAUUGAAUAACUUGUAAAUGCACCUGGGAGAGUAUACAUGACACAACUGAACUGAAUUUUGUUCCAAGAAACAAGAGACACUACAUAUCAGGAGGUGAAAUCAUUGUAACGUUAUUAUUUCGAUGUUGCCAUCACCAGUUCUCCUUUUGACACGUGUACUACUUUUGCUCAAAAAGUCAUAAGGGAAACGAAGCCAUUGAGUAACAAACGCCAUCCUUCGAUUCGUCAUUGUGUAGUACAAGAUGUUUCUUUUUGUUUUUUUUAUGCCUGAACGAAUGAGAAAUUUUGUGUGCUAAUGAUCUCAUAGAAUGACAUUUGAUUUAUCGAAUUGUGUCAUGUAUUGCCUUUGUUUCGAAUAUAACAAUAUGACUCCACGUA